CAUCUAGCCUGCCGGAAAAGAAGGAGAAGAAGCAUAUGGGUAUUUAUGGAAACCCUAAAGGGUCUUAGGCGAACCACUUCCUGAAUUAGUCACGUGGUAUCAGCCGGGCAGCGAGGCUUCGGACUUCAUCAUUUUCAGCUCCUCCCCUAAAUGAAGCAAGCCUCGAUACGCCCAUCGCUGAAACGCCCCCUCCCCUACUCGGCACACGCUUCAAAGCCUCGACACGGAACGUUACAUCACUACAAAUAACCAUCCCCCCUGCGCAGGGCCGUAUGCAGGGCCCAAGAAAUACUGAGGUCAUGAAUCAGAACUUCUAGAUUUGGCCCUCAGCGACUUCCGUAGUUCCCGAAAAUAUAAAGAUGGCUGCUUCCAGUGGUACCAGCAAGAGAUCAGAGCUGUCUAAAGCUGAGUACUUAAAACGUUAUCUCUCAGCCGAAGAAGAUCCCCAAAAAUCCAUAGGAAAAAUAAGAAAGAAACGACGUACGGUCCCCGAGAAGGGACUUAAAAUAGUUGACGAUGACAUAGACUGGAAACAGAUGAUCAACGAGCAGACAGAAAUUGAAGAGGAUGAAGAAGAAGCUCCAGUGAUUGCAGAGGUGAUUGAUGAUCGCCCAGAGCAGGUUAAACGAUUGGAAGCCUUCAGAACCAGCAACAGAUGGAAAAUAAUUGGAGCUGAUGAAGAUGAAAACACAGAGAAGAAGGGCGUAAGUGGGCCUGAACACACAGAUCUUAUGGCAUCAAGCAAAAGCUGUCAUAACUCACCAGAUCUGUCAUCAAAGAGGAGGAGGCUUGAUUCUCCAGACAUAUCUCCUCCCAGGAGGAGCCGCCAUGACUCUCCAGAUUUGUCACCUCUGAGACAACAUUCAAGGAAGUCGGGGAACAUGCAAAGUAUAAAUUCACCACUCAGUAGGGCCCAAAAUUGGUGUGACUCUGACUCCGAUCAGUCGCCCCCACGGAAAAAGCCACUGAAGGGAAAAGCUUCCAACACUGAUCUGUCUCCUCCAAAGAGGCACUCGAAAACAAGACGACUCUCCGGGUCCGACCAGUCUCCACCAAGGAGGUGGCCACAGAGUAUAAAAGACUCAGAUGGAGACCUGUCACCACCACGUAGACCUGGCCAAUCUCAGGGGCAAAGGAUGCUUUCAGGUGGAAAAGCAGGUCUGGUUUCUGUAGAAGUUUUAAGGAAAGAGCAGGAGGAAAACCGAUGCAGAGAAAGAAACAAUCAACCUCUAGAAGAUGAAUCCCGCAAUGCGCAGACGAUAUUCCGAGACAAAAGUGGUAAAAGGAGGGACUUGGAUUUCGAGAGAGAGGAACAGAAGAAGAAAGCUGGAAAAAAAGCAGCAAAGGAUGAAAAAUAUGCACAGUGGGGGAAAGGGUUGGCUCAAAACCAGAUGCAACAGCAGAGAAUUGAAGAUGCAGUGCGUGAAGCCCACAAGCCACUGGCACGCCAUCGUGAUGACGAGGAUCUUGACCGCAUGUUGAGAGAGCAGGAAAGAGAAGGGGAUCCUAUGGCUGCAAUGCUCAGGCAGAAAAAGGGCCGCAAUACAAAAACACAAGAAAAACCUCGAUAUAAAGGCCCUGCACCACCCCCAAACCGCUUCAAUAUUCAACCAGGUUUUCGCUGGGAUGGAGUUGACAGGUCAAAUGGUUUUGAACAGAAACGCUACAGUCGCAUUGCAGAUAAGAAAGCCAGCCAGGAGGCAGCUUAUAAAUGGAGUGUGGAGGACAUGUAGUCAAUGAAUCAGGAGCAGAGCUAAAGAGCAUGACUGCUCACCAAGAAUUUCUAAGCUGUUAAGCCAACUGAAGGUUAGACAUCUAUUUAUAAUUUAAAUAUUAACUGAAUGAAUGAAAGAACUUUCCAGACUAGUUUAGUACUGUAGAACAGAGAUAAGAUUUAGUUGUACAUAGCGGUGAAGUGAUAGACACUUAAGGCUUUUGUAAGAAAAUGUUCAAUGUGGAGACAAACGUAUUACUAUGUUUUAUUAAAAAAAAAAAAAAUUUUGUAA